CGUUUUUUUAUAUUUGUUUUUUAUUAAUACCAAUACAAUAUGACCCCCGAGUACGACUACUUGUUCAAGUUGCUACUCAUCGGCGACUCUGGCGUCGGCAAGUCCUGCCUUCUUCUUCGCUUUGCCGAUGACACGUACACUGAGAGCUACAUCUCGACCAUUGGUGUCGACUUCAAAAUCCGCACCAUCGAGCUCGACGGCAAGACCAUCAAGCUCCAGAUUUGGGACACUGCAGGCCAGGAGCGCUUCCGCACCAUCACCUCCAGCUACUACCGUGGCGCGCACGGCAUCAUUGUUGUUUAUGACGUGACAGACCAGGACUCGUUCAACAACGUCAAGCAGUGGCUGCAGGAGAUUGACCGCUAUGCCUCGGAGACUGUCAACAAGCUGCUUGUCGGCAACAAGAGCGACCUCACCACCAAGAAGGUUGUCGACUUUACCACCGCCAAGGAGUUUGCCGACCAGCUCAGCAUUCCCUUCCUCGAAACCUCUGCCAAGAACGCCACCAACGUCGAGCAGGCUUUCAUGACCAUGGCUGCCGAGAUCAAGAACCGUAUGGGCCCCGUUUUCCCCGCCAAGGAGAAGGGUCAGUCGAUCAACAUUGGCGGCUCCACCACCAUUGCCAAGCCCCAGGGUGGCUCUGACUGCGGCUGCUAAGCCAAAGCUUGUUUCUUUUCUUUUUUUCCUCCCUCUCUCUCUCUCUCUCUUUUUGGUGCCUGCAAAUUGUCUCCCUUUUUGCCUCUUUUGAUCUCUUUCUGUUGACUUUUUUGUUGCUCUUCUUUUAAAAUGGCCUAUUUUUUUCGGCUUCGUUGCUUUGUGUGAUUUUGUUGUGCUGACAAAGAUUUUUAUCUUCUGCA